CGGAAGCGUAACAGAACCCCACACGCACUACUGCCGACUGUACGCUACUUGAUAUCGAGAAGCCGCCUAAUAAUGCGCCCCCAACGGUAGCAGAGCUCGAUAACUUCUAUGCGCGGUAUUCUCCCUGGGCGACCCCAGGCUAAGCUCCAAGCUGUUGCUCAUGGCCUGUGGGAAGGCCUCCAGAUAAUCGUCUACAUCUCCGGAAACGCGCUCAUCGUCCUUGACCGACCCAAUCACGUCCUCCAAACCAUCUACAUCGACGAGGAAUUCGAGCUUGAGGCAGUCGCGAUCGACGAAGGCACCGGCAAGCUUGCGGCAUGUUCGACGCGACACAUAUACAUAUACCGGCCAUACGGACAAGAUGAAGGCGCUAUUAAGUGGUCGCAACAGGGCAGCACGCCCCUUUCCGACGACGAUGAUACGAUAACGACUCUCUCGUGGGGCAUGCCCGACGAAUUGCUCGUCGGCAGCGCGUCCCUCACCCUAUUCAACGCCCACAGCGAUAUCGAACAGAUAUGGACAAAGCAGCUAGCCAACCCCGUCAAGUUCGCCCAGUUCUCCCCCGAUGCCGAGUUGAUAGCUUCAACAGGCAGGUACGACCGCCUCCUCAAGAUAUGGCGACGCACGUCCUUCGGCUCAGCAGACCAGAGCUUCGAUUACUUCUACCUCCCACACCCCAAAGCCAUCACAGGCUUGCAUUGGCGGCACCCGUACCACAAAGAGCAGCUCACGGACAACGUACUGUACACGAUAUGUGCGGACCAGAAGGUGCGAGUCUGGGUACCGGGCGAGCACCACGGAGUAGAUGGCAUGCACAUGUGGGCUGAAGUGGACCUCGUCGAGUCGAUAAUGUCACGGCAUGUGCCGCUGGAGCAGCAGUCGAAGAAGAGAUAUGCCUUUUUCAUUGACGGCAAGCACUUUACACACGCGACGGGAAGAGCGAUGCAACAGGCUUCAGCAGAAGAGAAAGACCAUGGCAUCGCGCUACAUCAUCUGAUAGAAGUCGCGAAUCGUAACCCGGAAAUUUGCGUUGUGCUAGAUGACAGAGGCAACAUGUCCGCGUGGGGUUUCGAGAACGUAGGAGCAAAACAGAAAAAGGUCACCGAUGUGUUCAACAUUGCGCAUGUCGAUGGACUGCAUCUGCACUUCGCCAAGGAGCCAAAGCCCAUUGAGGACAAUGUACAAUUCUACGCUUUCAUCGGCGACCAACCUGACUCCGAGUUGACCCUGCUAUCGCAUCACUUUGACGGGCGAAUCGAGUGGCUAGAGUCACGCAUCGACUACUUGUUUGACCCGUCGUCACAACCACAACGCAUUCAACGGAAAGCCAUGUGGACAGGCCACUCGCAUGCCAUCAAGAAGGUCAACCGCACAGCUAGUGGAAGAGCUCUGGUAUCGCGGACAACGACUGAUGAAUGUAUCGUAUGGCUACAGCGGCAGAGCGACCAAGGCAUGACACUACAUCGACAUUGCAGCGUCAAAGUGACGGAGCAUAUUCAUCGCACUGCUCUCUUACAAGAGGGCAACUUUGUAGUCUUCUUACACCUUGAUGAGAUCUCACUUUGGGAUACUCGCGGUCAUGAAGCCGUUGAGAUGACGCGUUCGGCAUACAAACUCCAGGGCAAACCAUUAUGCCUGCUAGUGAUACCAGAGGUCGAAGUUGGUGGACAGCGCAUACACAUCGCCACCAUCAGUUCCGACAUGAAGGGCAUUUGCUGGGAGGUAACCCUGCCAACACCGGAGCGAGAUGCAUCUACGGAUGAGAAACAAACCGCUAUCGCGCACACCAAUGGCUAUACCAAUGUUCAUUCAGAGAUCACGCUCAAGGAGUUCUCAACAUUUAACCUUGGGUCUGGCGAUGACCUUGCCUUUGUGUUACCCGUGGAUCCCGCCGGCACCGCGCCCGUCAUCUCAGGCUUCCUUGACAGUUUUGCGCGAGACAUAGCCAUCUCAUACACAAAGUCCGGGAUCAUCAAGUCCUGGACUGCACGCGUCAACGCUGAGAACCGAAGAUUGGACUGGUUGUUGACUUCCGAGGUCGAGACAGGCGUCAAGAACCCAUCACUCGCUAGUGGCACAUCGAUACGUAAAGCUGCAUUGGCCGAUGCUGAUCGCACUACACUCACUAUAUGGAACACCCGAAGCGCUCAGUUGGAACAUGAAGAGACGUUCGAAGGCAACGGAAUCAUUCAAGAUCUCGAUUGGUCUUCUACUCCCGACAAUCAGUCCAUCCUUGCUGUUGGCUUUCCCCACCGCGUCGUUAUCUACGCUCAGCUCCGAUACGACUACCUCAACGCGGGCCCAUCCUGGGUGCAAAUCAGCGAUGUGCGCAUUCGCGAUAUCACGCCACAUCCGAUCGGCGAUUCGGUAUGGCUGAGCAGUGGUAACUUGGUCAUCGGUGCAGGCAACCAGCUCUUCAUUCAAGAUGAACAUGUGCAGGUGUCCGAAGGGCUGUUUCCUAGCUUACGUACGAUUUCACGAAAGACAGCAUCUAUCGAUAUCUUCGAUGCGGUUAGCAGACUCAACGGCCCUCUACCUGCGUACCAUCCCCAGUUGCUCUCGCAAUGCGUAUUGGCCGGCAAGUUGUUGCUGGUACAGCGCAUACUGAUUCGCCUCUACAGUACACUCAAGUUCUGGAUCGAAGGCGAAGAGCUUGACAGCUCGUUGGGCUUCGCGCCUGAAGACUUCUCAGAAGCUGAGACUCAAAUGACUGCAUCUCGCAAAAAAGUGCAUUCAUCAUACGCCGAUUUCUCUGACGAUAGCGAACCUGAAGCGGUCACCGAAGAAGUCGCCUCCAGUCUCAAGGAACUCCUGACCACCAAGCGGAUCCCACUUUUGACUAGUCGCGAACAGUUUCGCUUGGCCGACAUCAUCGAGUGUAUUGGCAUGGUAGAGAAGCAUCGCCGAUCGAUUGACGAUAACGCUGGUCGCUUCUUGCUGUUCUUCCGACAACAUGUACUGAGCGAGACGCACAAGGGACCUAUCUCGUGGCGCGAGAUCAUCUGGGCAUUCCACUCAGGGAGUCAAGACAUUCUUGUCGACCUGGUCAGCAGACACUUCAGCGGCAAGAUGAUGUGGCAGCAUGCAAAAGAAUGUGGCGUGUUCAUGUGGAUGUCUGACAUCAACGCAUUGCGUGCCCAAUUCGAGGUCAUUGCUCGAAACGAGUACACCAAAACCGAUGAAAAGAACCCCGUGUACUGCGCCCUGUACUAUAUGGCCCUCCGUAAGAAGCCAGUCCUCGUGGGUCUUUGGCGAAUGGCUACUUGGUCGAGAGAGCAGGGUGCAACCCACCGACUCUUAUCGAACAACUUCAAUGAGGAUCGUUGGAAGACCGCUGCUCUCAAAAACGCUUAUGCAUUGAUGGGCAGAAGAAGAUUCGAGUAUGCCGCGUCGUUCUUUCUCCUUGCAGAUCAUCUACAAGAUGCUGUCAGCGUUCUACACAACCAGCUCGGUGAUACUCAGCUCGCUAUAGCAGUCGCUCGUGUCUACGGUGGUGAUGACUCACCCAUCUUACUGGACUUCUUGAGAGACAAGAUCUUACCACAGGCUGCUAGGGAAGGAAAUAGAUGGCUUGCAACAUGGGCAUACUGGCUGCUGAACAAGAAAGAUAUGGCGGUCCGCUCGCUAGUCACACCACUAACAACCCUACUCGAAACGUCCGAACCGCCCAGCUCCGCAGCCAAGUCAUACCUCACCGACGACCCAGCCUUGGUAGUCUUGUACAAGCAACUCCGCGAGAAAUCCCUCCAAACACUACGCGGAGCAACCAUGAUCGGCAUGCGCGAGGAAUGGGACUUCGUACUUCACACAGCUGGCCUAUACGACCGCAUGGGCUGUGAUGUCCUCGCGCUCGAUCUGGUCAAGACAUGGGAAUUCUUGCUUCCACCCCCACCCACAAAAGCAACGUCUGGCCGUCCGCCGCUAAGCCCCUCGAUGCCACGGCAGAGCUACCAAUCACAAGGAAGGAAUCAAUCUGCCACGGACUUUGACUUCGAUCCCAGGAAGCUGCUGCGAAGGAGAAGUUCAUUAGUUAUCGCCGAUUUGCCGGUCCGCGAACACGCUCACAACGAACUGGCGGAAAGCAAGGGGACGCUGGAAGAAAGUAAGGAGAGUGAUGAAGAGGAUGAAGAAGAUAGUGAGGAGGAAGAAGUUGAUAAUAAGGGCGAUGAGAAGGGGAACGAGAAGCCUAAAGAGGAGCCGAAGAAGAAACCACCGCCGACUCAAUUCAAUGAGCCGGAUGCGAAUAGUUUGUUGGAUGCUUUCGGGUUUUAGUAGGGCCGGUUACAUGUAUGUUGCUGUAAAUCUAGGCAGAUCAAGCUCU